CGUUACUGUUGUAUAUUUUAUGGUAACCUAUUCUCACUCAAUUAUAUUAUGUGAAGAAACUGCCAAAAAUGAAAAUUCUGAAUUAACAAAGUCGGAAAGUCCAAAACUAUAUUGUAACGUUACUAUAGAGGCAGAUAGUAUUAGAACUAAACUAUUAAUUACAGUUUUUGUUAAAAAGUCUAAGAAACGUAGUUGGUUUUCUUUCUGGGGAAAUCCAAGUGAAGAAAGUUAUUAUGAACUUAUAGACCAUGUUGGUCGAGUGCAUGAAGGUGGUAUAGUUCAAUUGUACAAUAAAGAUAAACUAGGGCGUAUUGUGAUAUAUGAUUUAGUAAGCUUUGGUCAAAGUUUUUUGAAAUAUAAAUAUAAAUAUGAGAAAACAUUACUUGUAUUCGCAUUAACAGCUGGUUUAAGAGUGUUUAAUAAAGAAACCGAAGCAAUAAUCCAUGGAAUAAACAAAAUGGUGACUGAAUAUGACAAAGAAUAUCAAAUAAAUGAAAAUACAAUAUUUGUAAUGAAUGAAAUUCGUGAAGGACUUUAUGCAUGGUUAACAGUUAAUUUUAUGAACAAUACCAUAAAGAACUUUAAUAAUACAAUAGCUGUUUUAGAUCUACGUGAUUCAUCUUUACAAAUCAUUUUUUAUUUACCACCUGAAAACCUACAAAACUAUGAGGCAAAAUUUGUAAAGCAAUUUACAAUCAUGGGAAUAGAGAGACAUUUUUAUAAUCAAAGUCAUUUAGAUUUUGGUUUCAUGGAAAUGCGAAUAAAAGUUUUGACAUUUAAUAAUCAUAUAUCAACCUAUUCAUCUCCAUGCCAUCGCACAGCUGAUAAUUUUUCAUAUACAUAUUUUUUUGAAAAUUACAAAAUCACUGGUUCAAGUCCUAAAAAUGAUAUUUACAAACUAUGUUUGAGUGCAGUUCAAUCUUUAAUCGAAGAAAAUGUGAAUAAAGUAACCAUUAAACAACCUAUUAUGGCGAUUUCUUUUUUUCACGAAACUGCAUUAAAAGCUAAAUUAAUUCGUAAUACUGGGAAACGCAUAACUAUUGAAAAAUUUAAUAAUGCUGCAAAACAAUGUUUUAGAAAAACUUUUGACGGUAGUAAACCAUUCAAAUGUUUCGAUUUGGUCUAUAUUUAUGUAUUAUUUAGUCAACUAAUUGAUUUUGGUGACAAUCCUUCAAUCACUGUCAAGAAAUAUGAUAUCAUUUCUGAAAUAAGUUGGGCCCUUGGAGCUGAUUAUCUAAAGCUACCUAUAAUUGAUAAUGACUGAACAUGAAACAUUUAAAGUUGCUGAAAAAUGAAGAUUAAUGUUAUUUGUUUUGUUGAUAUUUUUUA